UUCCGAUGUAAGGUAGUUUUUGCCUCUCUCUCCAGUUGGCCUGAGGAAAUACCGGGUGACCCCCACAGGCUCCUUUCCCGGGCCUCCUCUCCCGGGGCGCUGCUCCCGCUCUCCUGGCACUGCCGGUCUUUUCGGCCUCCCAGAGCCUCGGGACUUCCUCAAGCCAAGGGGGUCGCUGCCUCUGCCGCCACCAUCGCCGCUGGCUCUUUUCUCUUUGCUGUUUCCUGCGAGAUCCCGGCCCACCGGGCCGCAGCUGCUUUCUGGACGGCGGGGCAGCUGGGGUGGACCUGUGUCUCCUGCUGCAUUAACAGGUAUCAAGUGUGAUACAGGGAGAACUAGUCCAGUUCAGGCAACUGGGGACCUAGGACGACUGUCUUGCACAUCUGUAAAUCACAAGUACAAUUUCAAUUGCCCUGUCUAGUGUGUGGACCAGACAUUUUUCAUCUGCCUCCAAACUGCCCAGUGUUCUGCUUCCACUCUCAUGCCUCUUGUUGAAGUGGGUCCUUGGGCUUAGAGACGACGUUCUCUCAGAUUUGCAGAACCUAGAGCAAGGAAAUGGACUCAGUGGUCAUUGAAGAUGUGGCUGUGAUCUUUAGCCAGGAGGAGUGGGCUUUGCUGGAUCUUGCUCAGAGGAAGCUGUACAGAGAUGUGAUGAUGGAAACCUUUAGAAACCUGGCCUCCCUAGUCUCUCGAAACCUUCAUGAUGGGGAAACAUUCAGUGAACACGUAAUGGUGCGAUUCAUGAAGAACACUUGCUCCUCCAUGUUAGGAGACAUGUCCAGAUUGUAUGACAAUAAAGAUCAGUAUGAAAACCAGAAGAGAAAUUUGAGAAUGAUGCCUAUUUUUAACAGAAGUCAUACAAUAAAGAACCUCUGUAAAAGUGAUAAAGGCAGUCAGUGUGAGAAAACCGUCAGCCGGAUUCCAAAUCAAACUGUGCUAAAGAGAAAUCCUCCAGAAGUAAAUCCUUUUGAAUGCUGUGAGUAUAGAAAAGCCUCCAUGGAUCAUUCAUCAAAUAACCAUCAUGUCAGAUCUCACACUGGAUGCAAUACCUGUCAUUCUAAGCAAAGUGGAGAAACCUGCACUUGUCCCUCUUACCUAACCACUCCAGUGAGAAAUCUUACAGAAGAGAAACCCCGUAAAUGUAAGGUAUGUGGGAAGGACUUAAUUUGUAUCUCCGUCCUUAAGAAUCCUGUGACCACACUCACUGGUGGGAUACGAUAUGAAUGUAGCGAAUGUGGGAAAGAUUUCUGUAGUUUAUCAUCCUUUUUCACACAUAUGAGAGGUCAUAGGCAUGAAUGUAAAGAAUGUUGUAAAACCAUUAGAUAUCCUUCAUCCCUCAUUUUACAUAAAAAGCUUCAUAAUAUAGAUAAGCCUUAUGAAUGUACAGAAGGUGGGGAAGCCCUUAGUCAGUCAUCAUACCUCACUACACAUACAAGAACUCCCAAUGGGCAGAGGCCUUAUGAAUGUAAGGAAUGUGGGAAAACCUUUAGUCGUUCCUGUCACCUCUCCAAACAAACAAGAACUCACAGUGGAGAGAGGCCUUAUGAAUGUAAGCAAUGUGGGAACGUCUUUAGUCAGUCAUCACACCUCACUAUGCAUAUAAAAACUCACAACGGACAGAGGCCUUGUGAAUGUAAAGAAUGUGGGAAAACCUUUACUCAGGCCUCAUCCCUUCGUAACCAUAUAAGGACUCACAGUGGAGUGAGGCCUUAUAAAUGUAAGGAAUGUGGGAAAGCCUUUUGGCAGUCCUCACAACUCACUAAACAUAUAAGAACUCACAGUGGAGAGAGGCCUUAUGAAUGUAAGCAAUGUGGGAAAACCUUUCGUCGUUCCUGUCACCUCUCUGAACACAGAAGAACUCACAGUGGAGAGAAACCUUAUAAAUGUAAGCAAUGUGGGAAGGCCUUUAGUCGGUCAUCAAACCUCACUGGACAUAUAAGAAUUCACAGUGGAGAGAGGCCUUAUGAAUGUAAGGAAUGUGGAAAAGGCUUUAGGUAUUCCUCAGUCCUCAGGGCACAUAUAAGAACUCACACUGGAGAGAGGCCCUAUGAAUGUAAGGAAUGUGGGAAAGCCUUUAGGCACUCCUCAGACCUCACUAAACAUAUAAUAACUCACAGUGGAAAGAGGCCUUAUGAAUGUAAACAAUGUGGGAAAACCUUUAGGCGUUCCUGUGACCUCUCUGAACACAUAAGAACUCACAGUGGGGAGAGGCCUUAUGAAUGUAAUAAAUGUGGAAAAGGCUUUAGGUAUUCCUCAUCCCUCACUACUCAUACAAGAAUUCACACUGGAGAGAGGCCCUAUGAAUGUAAGGAAUGUGGGAAAGGCUUUAGAUGUUCCUCGGUCCUCUCUACCCACACAAGAAUUCAUACUGGAGAGAGGCCCUAUGAAUGUAUGGAAUGUGGGAAAGCCUAUAGGCAAGUUUCACACCUCAUUAAACAUACAAGAACAGCUCAUACUGGAGAGAAGCCUUUUGAAUGUAAGGAUUGUGGGAAACCGUUUACUGAUUACUCAAACCUCCCUAGGACAUGUAAGAACUCACAGUGUAGAGAGAACUUAUGAAUGUAAGGAAUGUGGGAAAACCUUUAAUUAGUCCUCGUAUCUCUCUGGACACAUAACUCACAGUGAAAAAACUGCUCAAUGUCAAAAGUGGAAUGUGUCAUCCUUACUGCUAUAAGUUCAAACAACAAAUUGCCAAAAGUCUGUGAUAAAGAACAGAAUUUCUCAGUGAGUAAGAAAGCACUAUGAACUCAUAAGUGGGAUCAUUACAGCUACAUAGUGCCUUUGGGAGAAAUGUCAGUUUCAUUGUAACUACUGCACUGUCCUCAUCAGUGUUUGUUACUUUCUUAGUCCAAGCUAGAUUUUACCUUUCUUAAAGUCUUCAGUUAUUACAAAUAAGGCUGCAGGAAAUAGCCUUGAGCAGAUUUGGUUUUAUGUUUCUUAACGUAUUACGGAUGUUAUUUUGCAUACAGUAAAGUACACUGAUUUUGUAUUUGGUUUGAGAGUUUUGUUUCCCUGUUUAUUGCAUUUCCUUCCAUUCUUUUCUUUUGGAAAGUUAGCUGUUUUACCCUUUAUAAUUACUAAAUUUGUUUGUAGGCUGAUACUAUGAGACUGCAAAUAUGGUAAUUUUCAUAGUAUUUUGGCCUACUAAUUUUAUUAAAAAAUGUUAGUUAUUUUUACCCAUUGAUAAUUAUUACCUACGGUUAUUAUUACUGUGGUGUUUACCAAAUGGUAUUUUCUGUUCCAAUCAUUUCUUCUAUGUUUAUUAGUUGUAAUUCUGCAAGGAAUAUCUUUCACUUCUCUCCCCUUUGUUUAUUUAUUAAAUUGUUUAUACCAGUGUUAUGAAUUGAAUUGUGUCCCCCAAAAAUGUGUCAGCUUGAUUGGGCCAUGAUUUCUAGUGUUGUGUGAUUGUCCUCCAUUUUGUGAUUGAUGUGGUUUUCCUCUGUGUUGUAAAUCCUAAUCUCUGCCUGUGGUUAAUGAGGGAGGAUUCGAUUAUAUUGAAGAGGAUGAGGGUGGAAUGUAAUACCCUCACUCAGGUCACAUCCCUGAUCCAGGGUAAAGGGACUUUCCCUGGGGUGAGGCCUGCACCACCUUUUAUCUUACCAGACAUAAAAGGAAAGGGAAAUGAACAUAGAGUGGGGGAGCUCAUACCACCAAGAAAGCAGCGCCGGGAGAGAGUGCAUCCUUUGGACCUGGGGUUCUUGGGCAGAGAAGCUCCCAGUCCAGAGGAAGAUUGAUGACAAGGACUUUCCUCUAGAGCCAGCAGAGAGGGAAAGCGUUCCCUUAGAGCUGACACCCUGAAUUUGGACUUUUAUCCUAGUAGACUGUGAGAAAAUAAACUUCUCUUUGGUAAAGUCAUCCAUUUGUGGUAUUUCUGUUACAGGAGCACUAGAUGACUAACAACCAGUAAAGGCUAAUCAGUAUUACUUUUUUUUUCUUUCCUAGCUAAAAUUGCCCCAGAUUUGGUUAUUAGGAGUUCUCUUAAGGAGAUGCUGGAGCCCUGGUGGUGCAGUGGUUAAGCAUUUGGCUGCUAACCGGUUUGAAUCCACCAGCCACUCCUUGGAAACCCUAUGGGAAAGUUCUAAUCUGUCCUGUAGGGUCACUAUGAGUUGUAAUCGACUCAAGCAUGACAGGUUUUGUUUUGUUUUUUAAAGUAGGUUUCUGUAUGUUUUGACAUAUUCCCAUUAUAAUUCGUACAUCACGUUCUGGCAGUGUUUAUCUUGUCCUUUCUCUGCCCAAGCCCUGGAGUUAGACUUUUGCCCAAGAAACCUUGGUUCCUUUUAUUAGAAAAUUAUAUUUAGAAACAAAGAUCUCGGCAUUAGAUAUGGUUAUUGCUACUGGACCCUUAAAAAGAGCUAGGAAAUAAAUGUAUGAGUAUACAUAUACAAAGAUGUAUAUUUAUACCUAUUUCUAUGUGUAUUUGUAUAUAUUUGAAAAUCCACAAGAUCAUCCUCAUAUGCCUGAUUCCAGUGCAACAUCAAAGGGUUCAUUUUAGGC